UAACUAAUCACAGGAAAAACAUUGUGUGUUACAAAAGAGGUUAUAAAAUAUCUCAAAAUCAAAGAAAAUAUGCUCAGAUUAACACUAAAUUGCAUUAACUCAACAAACAGAGGUUGUUGUACUGCGGCUACUGGAAAAUGGGACCUGAUCACAGCAGUCUGCUUGGAGCGGAGACCAAUCAUUGGACCAGAGAUGAGUGAUAUGGAAAAGCAAUUUAGCAAGCAGCUGAGUGAAAUUGAAUUGGAGAGAAGUCAUAAGUCCAAGCACGAAGUCGAGCAUGAGAAAGAUCUAAAGCAGCUGGAGUUGAUCAAGAGGGGUGACGUCGAUGUUGAGGUUAAUUUAAAGCAGACCGCACAGGAUUUUGCUGAUACCAGUUUGGAGGAGCUGAACAAAUUCAAAUUCGCUUCUAAACAAUCAGAUGAUACAAAUGUUAAGUCGUUGAAUCGGAAAUUGGAUAGGCAUUUGGUGCUGUUGACGCAGCAGAAGGUUGGAAACGAUACGUUCUUUUUACCGCCGCAGGGAUUCAGGCAGGACGGGGAAACUUUGAGACAGACUGCUGAGAGGGUGUUGAAGGAGUCUGUUGGAAAGGACGUGCAGGCUCAGAUCUACGGAAACGCUCCGACCGGUUUCUACAAGUACAAAUAUCCGAAAUCCGUGCGGGAAGUCGAUGGAAAUUCGGUAGGUGCUAAGGUUUUCAUAUACUUCGCGAGGUACGCGAACGGAUCGCCAUCUGUGAGUCACAAAUGGUUGGACAGGGAGGAGUUAAGGAAAGAGUUACCUGAGAAGUACAGCCAAUCACUGGACGAGUUUCUAAUUGACGAGCAGUAAUCAAUUUCUGUUCUAAUUUUCAUUUAUUCAAACAACAACAACAAAAGAAAAA